AUGUCUUUCCUCUUUGGCAGAAACCGUCAAAAAACCCCACAGGAUCUUGUUCGUGCUGUUCGAGAAUCCAUAUCACGUUUGGAUGUACCGCUGGAGAGACGACGUGCCUCUGAAGAAGUAUCACGGCUAUUGGCCCAGAUGAAGGUUGUCCUACAAGGAAACGCAGAAACCGACCCCAUUCCUGAUCAGGUACAAGUUCUUGCUCAAGAGGUUUACGCAAUCGAUUUAUUGCCGCUACUUGCGAAUAAUAUACAGAAGCUUGACUUUGAGGCUAAGAAAGAUGUUACUGCUCUUUUCAACGGUCUUCUCCGAUAUUGUCCCCAGCCUAUAAAUAGAUUUCCUACUGUCGAAUACUUGCACAAUAGUCGGCCCGAUACGCUCAUUACGCUCGUGAAGGGCUACGAAAACAAAGAUGUUGCUAACAACUGUGGGACUAUCCUCCGGGAGAGUUUUAAGCAUCAAGCACUAGCACAAGUAGUUCUUUACGAUGAGAGGUUUUGGAAAUUCUUCGAAUACGUACAAGGCGGGAGCUUUGACAUUGCCAGUGAUGCUUUUGGCACUUUUCGGGAACUUUUAACUAAACACAAACCAAUGGUUGCACAAUUUCUCAACCAAAACUAUGCACGAUUCUUUCAAAAAUACAACACCCUCUUAGACUCACCCAAUUAUGUUACAAAACGACAAUCAAUCAAGCUUCUCGGGGAGAUAUUGCUGGACAGGGCAAACUACAAUAUAAUGCUCGCAUAUGUUGACUCACCGGAUCACUUGAAAUUGACAAUGAACCUAUUAAGAGACAAAAGCAAAAAUAUUCAAUAUGAAGCCUUUCAUGUCUUCAAGGUUUUUGUUGCAAAUCCCAAAAAAUCAAAGCCUGUACAGGAUAUUCUAUUAAAAAAUCGUGAGAAGUUGCUCGCCUUUCUGCCCAAGUUUCAUGACGACCGAAGAGAGGACGAACAAUUCAUCGACGAAAAGGGAUUUUUGAUGAAGCAGAUCCUUGAGUUAGGCAACUACCCGCCCCAGCAACAAAUGCACCCAGGCGUUGUCUCUGCUUGA